CGAACACAUUAGAGGUGGUAGAUUACUGAGAGGAACAGUUACAGACAAACUCGUGAACAGUGAUUCACAGUUAAAUAAGCCACCAUGUCACCUGGACCACAAGGUUUACUCAGCAAGGACACGCCAGACAUUGAGAAUAUAUUGGCCCUGAACCCUCGCAUCACCAGCCAUGCCACCUUCCAGCCCUCUGCCAUCACCAAGGAUAAUAAGAAGCACUGGAAACGCAACAAGGCGAAGAACUGUGCUAGUCACUGUGGUUUGGAGAGGAACUUUGACGACAUCAAGCACACUACCCUGAGUGAGAGGGGCGCCCUCCGUGAAGCUGCCCGCUGUCUCAAGUGUGCUGACGCUCCCUGCCAGAAGUCCUGCCCCACACAGCUCGAUGUCAAGCAGUUCAUCUCUUGUAUUUCAAACAAGAAUUACUAUGGUGCAGCUAAAAUGAUCUUCUCAGACAACCCCUUGGGACUGACCUGUGGGAUGGUGUGUCCCACCAGUGACCUGUGUGUUGGUGGUUGUAACCUCUAUGCCAGUGAGGAAGGUCCUAUCAACAUUGGAGGCUUGCAGCAGUUUGCAACAGAAAUAUUCCGUCAGAUGGAGAUUCCCCAAGUUCGGCCACCUGACUUACCAGCAGACCUUCCUGAGAGCUACGAUGCAAAAAUUGCACUGAUUGGAUGUGGACCAGCAUCAGUCUCCUGUGGAACAUUUUUAGCGCGACUCGGUUAUCACAACAUUGACGUCUUUGAGAAGAGUGAAUAUGUCGGAGGUUUGAGUUCUUCUGAAAUUCCACAGUACCGACUCCCUUAUGAGGUGGUUAAUUUCGAGGUGGACCAAAUGAAGGACCUUGGGGUGAAAGUACAUCAUGGCCGUAAACUUUCUCAGUCAGAUAUAACCAUUAAGAACCUGCAGCAGAAGGGAUAUGAAGCUAUUUUUGUUGGUAUUGGUCUUCCUCACCCUAAGAAAAUUGGUAUAUUUGCUGACCUUAACAUUGACAUGGGAUUCUAUACAAGUAAAGACUUCUUGCCCUUGGUGACAGGAGCCAGUAAACCAGGGAUGUGUGCUUGUAAAUCUCAGCUGCCGUCAGUAAAGGGUGUGGUGCUGGUGUUGGGUGCUGGAGAUACUGCAUUUGAUUGUGCUACAUCUGCUUUGCGCUGUGGGGCAAAGCGUGUCUUUGUCAUCUUCAGAAAGGGUUUUACAAACAUUCGGGCUGUCCCUGAAGAGAUGGAACUUGCACGUGAAGAAAUGUGUGAAUUCCUCCCUUUCUUGUCACCGCUCAAAGUGAUUGUGAGGAAUGGUAGAGUUGCUGCCAUGGAGUUUGUGCGGACAGAGCAGACUGAAGAUGGAUCCUGGAUUGAAGAUGAAGAUCAAACAGUGAGGCUAAAGUGUGACUACAUCAUCUCAGCCUUUGGUUCUGGCCUGUCAGACCCAGAUAUUCAGGCAGCUUUGGCGCCCUUGAAACUGAAUCGAUGGGGCCAGCCUGAAAUGGAUACACUAACUAUGAGUUCCAGUGAACCUGGAGUCUUCUGUGGAGGAGAUAUUGCUGGUGUUGCUGAGACUACAGUAGAAAGUGUCAAUGAUGGAAAAACAGCUUCAUGGCAUAUUCAUAAGUAUCUGCAGUCUCUCCACGGUCUCUUCGUUCCCGAGACUCCUCAACUUCCUAAAUUCUACACACCUAUUGAUGAUGUAGACAUCUCUGUUACUAUCUGUGGCAUUAAAUUUCCAAACCCCUUUGGUUUGGCGUCUGCUCCUCCAACCACAGCAGCACCAAUGAUGCGUAGGGCUUAUGAGGCCGGUUGGGGCUUCUGCGUCACAAAAACAUUUGUGUUAGAAAAGGAUAUUGUAACGAAUGUAUCACCGCGUAUAGUGCGAGGGACAACCUCUGGUCACGUAUAUGGUCCUGGCCAAGGCUCCUUCCUUAAUAUUGAGCUCAUCUCUGAGAAGACAUGUGCCUAUUGGCUAAAGAGCAUCACAGAACUCAAAAAGGACUUUCCAGAUAAAGUCCUCAUUGCCAGCAUUAUGUGCAGCUAUAAUUCUCAAGACUGGAUUGACCUGGCCAAGAAAGCAGCAGAUGCAGGUUCUGAUGCUCUUGAACUGAACUUGUCUUGUCCACAUGGCAUGGGUGAGCGGGGAAUGGGCCUUGCCUGUGGCCAGGAUGCAGAGUUGGUUCGAAACAUUUGUCGUUGGGUACGUUCUGCAGUAGACAUUCCCUUCUUUGCAAAGCUCACUCCUAAUGUUACCAACAUUGUUAUAAUUGCUAAGGCCGCAUAUGAAGGAGGAGCAGAUGGUGUCACGGCCACCAACACAGUGUCUGGGUUAAUGGGUCUUCGACCAGAUGGCUCAGCUUGGCCAUCUGUUGGCAAGGAGAAGAGAACAACAUAUGGAGGAGUGUCAGGUAAUGCAAUUCGACCAAUAGCUCUCCGUGCUGUAACAGCCAUUGGCCGAGCCUUACCUGAUUUUCCCAUUCUGGCCACUGGUGGUAUUGAUUCUGCAGAUGCUGGAUUCCAGUUCUUGUUAGGGGGUGCCUCUGCUUUACAGGUGUGCAGCUCAGUGCAAAACCAGGACUUUACAGUCAUUGAGGACUAUAUUCUUGGCCUUAAGGCUUUGCUUUAUCUGAACUCAUUGGAGUCAAAGAAGGACUGGAUGGGUCAAUCUCCUCCUACUCCUCGACACCAGCUUGGCAAACCUAUAGUGACUCUGAGCAGUGUUAUUGGCAAGGGCCUCGCCAACUUUGGUUCCUAUAGGUAUGAGAAAGAGAAAAUUGUUGCAGAAUAUAAAAGUCAGGCAGACAUUUUAGAGCCACGCCCUGAACAUCGUGGUAUUGAGACUCCAAAAUACGGCAUCCCAUCAGUGCAAGAUAUGGUGGGCCGAGCCUUGUCUAUGGUAGGAACGUAUGGAGAACUGGACAACAAGCAACAAAUGGUUGCACUUAUUGAUGAAGAAAUGUGCAUCAAUUGUGGUAAAUGUUACAUGACAUGUAAUGACUCAGGUUACCAAGCUAUCUCCUUCGAUCCCAAAACACAUCUGACAAAAGUAAAUGAUGAUUGCACUGGAUGCACUUUGUGUGUAUCUGUGUGCCCCAUUGUUGACUGCAUCAGAAUGGUUGAUCGUCAGGGUCCAUACAUUCCAAAAAGAGGCAUCCCUCUGGACACAGGAGUUGUUCCCCGAAUUCCUGCAGUGGCACCUGUUGAACUAACUUCUGCGUGAUUCCUCUGAUCUUUUUAUGUCUCCUCACAAUUCUUGUUAUUAUAUGUGUUUUUACAAGCUUCUUCAAGUAGCCAGUCGUAAGUAAAAGAAAAUAUUGAUUUGUCUUCAAAUUAAAAGUAGCUAAAUAAUUGUGGUAUUCACAUGUAAGACUCCCAUAAGUUUUUAAAUUAAUAAUGCCCUAAAUUUUUAAUGGUCACUUUAACUCCAAAUACUGUAUAAGUAAAUGUUACACAGUUUUCAUAGUAGAGCAGGACAAAGCAAGUAAGAAUAUAUCUAAUACUUAACAGAUAACAUCAUUGCAUUUGAAUGCCAUUGGUUCAAGUCACUAACAAAAUACCAUGUAUGUAGUCACACAUUUAAUAAUUCUUCCCAAUUGAAGUAGUGUACAUCAUUUAGUUUUCAUUUUAAUAAUUCAUUGUAUAAUACUAAUAAUUAGUGAAAUAAUAUAUUAUACACAGACUAAGUACCCGACACUUCCCCCUAAACUCUUGGGUACAAAAGCAACUAUUUAGUUUUCUUUAGAAUUUCCAUUUCUGGUUCUUGGAUUCACCACUCCUAAAACACAAGUUGGUACAUUACUUUAUUGGAGGGCUCACCACAGGGGGUAAGGGGUGGCUUGAAUUGAAUUUGAAUUUUCAAUUGAACUAUCUUUGAGAUAAGCGGGGAGUGCUUACAUAUACUGUAAAAGAUGUGUAAGAAUAAAAUUUUUGGAUACCAAACAUUGAGAUAAUGAAGGAUGCCUGCACAUACCAUGCAUGCAUUACUACAAAGUUAAAAUCAUAUGUCUUGGUUUGGCCUCGCAGUUUCUCAUUAAGUUUCAAGCAAUUCAAUUUCUCGUAAAUAUAAAAUUAUUGUAUUGCAUGCACUUUACCUACCUAUAACGUUUAAUAAUAGUUUACUGUAUAAUUAUUACUUACACUAAAAUUUGACAUUAGAAACUUAUUUUGUAGCUAUAUAUAUUUUUUUUUUCAUAGGAACGUAUCCAAUUUUUUAUAAUGGGAGUCUGGGAAAAUGGCAUUUGAUAUAUGAAAGGUUUUCCAGGAACAGAAUCCUUUCAUAAAUCAGGUACUGCCUGUAUUAUUAUUAUGAAGUUACCAGUAUGUAGUGUAUAGAUUUUUACUUAAAAGUUGUAACUUUUUCCCAAAAUACUGUACUGUAGUUAUUUAUGAAUGCAUGUAUAAAGGAAUAUUUCGCUAUUCUCACCAAGCAUCUUCCCCAAUUUACAUUAUUUCUUUAGGGGAAAAUUGCCCCGAUAUUCGCAAUGAGUUUUAGGAACGCAUCCUGUUAAAACCGAGGUAUUCUUGUAUAUUUUUUCAUUAAAGGUGCUUAGAGGAAAUA